GCACCGUGUGGUCGUGAGCAGAACUGUCGUCCGUCCAACCAGCCGUGAUCCAGCUGAGCUACAACGCGUGUAUGAGCUCUGCUCAGCUCAAGAAAAGGAAGAAAAGAGGGCUGGACAGGACAAAACGGGAACGUGUUAUCUCUGAUAAAUCAAAAGCCAGAAAUCUCUGAAAGUAAAUGCAGUAGAUCUUGAAACGGAUUAAGUUAGUCGGAAGAACGAGUGGUGGUCGUUUAUAAUAAUCGGUGUUCCUACUCCGUGUGUGUGAGGUGGUGGGUGCCAGUUGAGUUUUGUUUCUUUUCUUCUGGAAGCGGGUAAAUUAACCCGCCAGGAAAUAACCACAUUGCCAAGAACCCUGAUCCAACAGGAUUGGCUUCGAUCCUCGAAAAACGAGUCAGGACGGGACAGGACGGCACGAUUCUAGGCGAGGAUCUCCAGUAUGGCGGGACAGACGAUAAACGACAGAUUAUUGGCAGCCAGGCACAGCAUUGCCGGACAGGGCCUUGCAAAGGCCGUCUGCAAAGCCACCACUGAAGAAAUGAUAGGUCCCAAGAAAAAACAUUUGGACUAUCUGAUACAUUGCACAAACGAACCAAAUGUUUCGAUUCCACAACUAGCAAAUCUACUAGUAGAACGGUCACAAAAUGCAAAUUGGACUGUAGUUUUUAAGGCUCUCAUUACGGUGCAUCACAUACUCUGCUAUGGAAAUGAGUUAUCAAUUUCAGAAAAAUACUUUGAUAUGAACAAAAAGCAAUGCAGAGAUGCGUUAGAUUUGUACAAAAAGUUCCUUAUUAGAAUGGAUAGAGUCGGGGAAUUUCUCAAAGUAGCAGAGAAUGUGGGAAUCGACAAAGGUGACAUUCCAGACCUCACAAAGGCCCCCAGUAGUCUGUUAGAUGCCUUGGAACAGCAUCUUGCUGCCCUCGAAGGAAAGAAGGGUUCAGCCGCCAAUACGCCAACUCAAACUGCCAGCAAUAGAACGAAUGUAAAGUCGGGAGUGUCCGCCCUAUCUUCCACCAGUACGGCAUUUGGAACUGCUGCCAGUAACCAGCGUCUGGAGCACACUGGAAAUGGUCACAUAGAUGAGGCUUUGAGACAACAAGCCCUUGCUGAGGAAGAGGCUGCAAUGAAUCAGUACAAGGCUAAAGUGCAAUCUCCAUCUGGUGGGCCAAGCACGAAUCCAUUCCUCAGCUCACCUACGAACAAUGUGAAUCAGCCAAUCGUAGACUUUUUUGGCGGAGGAUCAACUGCCGAUAGUCUGUCACAGAAAGCAUCAGAUGAUCUUCUCCAGUUAGCCGGAAAUCCAUUUGCAGACAUGUUUGGCGCACCUCAACCGACUGUUGGGCAACCUGCCCCCGUACAAAAUAAUAUGUGGAUGACCAACGGUAAUGGUUUCACCGCCGCACUACCAGCAUCUAAUAACUUUGUUACAGAUAACAACUUUUCAUCAGUCUUUGGAAGUCAAGAUCCACAAACGACUGCUGUCCCUGGAACAGCCGUACCUAAUCCCUUCAUGUCCGACUUCCCCGCUUCCGGUCCUCAAGCCACGAAUGCAGCAGCUCUUGGCAUGUUUGACCAAGGUGCAACUGCCGCUCCCGGCAGCGGUGAAUUUCAACCGCAAGGUGGAGACCUUUUCAGUGCUGGCGGUCAGGCAGAUUUCUUUGGAAGCGACUCAGCAAUGCUCAUGGCCUCGGAUGGGAGCGACGGGGACGUUGCUACUGGUUUAGCACCGGGAGCAAUGUCCUCGACGCCUCUUGCCUCAGGCAAGUCCACUGCGACGCCGCCUCCCAGACCACCGCCUCCCGCGUCAGCUGCUAAUGGUACACCACGUGCAAUGUCUCCGGCAGUUGGCGGAACAUCACCUGGUAGGCCAGCUUCAGCCUCAUCAGCUACGUCAGCUACGUCAGCUGCAGUCCAAAGCAAAAGUGCAUUCGACGACUUGAACGACAGUAUUCGUAUGGCACUGGGUGGGUCUCCAUCGCGUCCAGCUCCCAUUGCCCAACAGGUCGCCCCUGUUCAACAAGCACAGCAACCUGUUCAACAGGGAUUUGCCAUGUUUGAUAUGGGAGGCAGCAUGGGGGGUGCUGGACAGCCUAUGAUGGCAGGUGCGCCCAUGGUUGGUUACGGAGUGCCACCUUCCCAAACCCAAGUUCCUGUGGGAUACGGCUCCCCGGCAAAGCAGCCAAUGUCAGCUGGGCAGCAACCGACUGCAGCAGCUGGUGGAAAAGUAUUGACCGGAGACUUAGACAGUAGUCUCGCCAGUCUUGCAGAAAAUCUCUCCAUAAAUAAGAGUGCGCAGCAACAAGUCAAAGGAAUGCAGUGGAAUUCUCCUAAAAAUACUGCAAAAGCAGGCCAAGCAGGUUGGACGCCUCAGCCAAUGGCUGCUACAACAGGAGCUGGCUAUCGUCCCAUGGGCCAAGGAAUGACGCAACUUCCUCCAACUACCACUUUGGGUUACCCUUCUCCAGCCACACCACUGGGUAUACAAGGAAUGCCUGUGGGUAUGCAGGGUAUGCAGGGUAUGAGACCGAUGAUGGGUGGAAUGCCUGGUGCUCCUCCAGCGGGUAGCGGAAUGAUGGUUGCGGGAGGAGCAGCUCCUAUGAUGAUGGGAGCGAACCCAGUUAUGGUUGCUCCUCUUCAACAACAACAACCUCCUCAAUCCACUGUUCAACCUCAAAAUAAUGCAGUUCAACUCGACCCCUUUGGUGCUCUGUGAGGGGACUAGGAUUUCAAUUGGCAUUGAGAAGUUGGAGAAUCGUGCUUGUAAAUAUUGUGUAAUAUGCCUAAAAAUCUAUCCCAUUUUCUUUGACAUUAUCUCCAUCGUCGACUCUUGUUUCAAUUGCACCGUUUAUCCCACUGUGAAUAUGGCCAAGGAUUUCUAUUUUCUGUUACUUGAUGAUCAAGUUGGUGCAUUGAAAACUACUGUGUUGCUGCUACCUUACAUUUGUUGUGUAGCUAUGUAUAAAAUUGUACAAGAUGGCCCAUAGUGCUUAUAUAGAAUUAUAUGAGUGCACUGAGAGUAGAGCAAAGUAGAAACAUCGACAUUGUUCAUAAUUUGAUCAUGAUUUCGAGACCAGAAUGUAGUUCCGUUGACAACGACCAAGACAAUGUAUUGAGAAGUGAGAAUUCGUAAAAAACAAACAAAAAUAUAGGUCACUGAUCUCUUGUCCAAAAAGCAGGAUAAACCGUGCUUUGACCUUUUCGGGCCCAACUUCCGUUGUCAUGCAAAUUUGUUUUUGCAAAAGUAAGAAAAGUUCCGGGGCCGAAAGUAGUAAAACUUAAUUCUGUUAGUGGACUGUUGAUUACCAAACUAUCAUCACUGAUUAGCUCGCUGGCUAAUACGCCUGGUGUAUUAUACAAUCAUUUAACGUAUCUUGGCCAUUUCAUUUAUCUUUAAAGGUACAUAAUUUUGAAUGAAACUUGAUAGUUAAUGAUAUUGCGUAUCUGAAUUGCUGUAUAUUAUUUUUUAUUCAGUGCGUUCUUGAAUUAGGUUUGGCCAAGUGUGGCAAAUCGUCGAUAAGGUACUCUUUGUUGAAGUAUUAAACAUUACCUUGAAUAGACUAACGUAUAAUCCGUAUGCAAAGUGUACAAUUAAUACAUAUAGAUCAAAGAAAUUAAUAGGUGGUUCCCAUUAAUGUUCUUUCACUGUAGUGUAGUGUUCUGAUGUAUCUAAAAUUAGGUAGAUAUUGAAUCAUGAUGUAAACAAAUUAAGACUAUGAUACUCAGAUAAUAAUUAUUAUUAUAAAUGUAAUAUGAUUCUAUGAUAUCGUAAACUAUUGAAAUAGUUCUAAUAUACUGUUGCAAAGUGUACUAUUUUUUGCUUAGAGCAUGCAACAAGAAUAUAAUUAUUGUUUUGUCGUAAGACGGUAAAUCAAUCGAUGUUUCCUUUUGAUAUUUUAUGUCAAUGUUGGAAAUAUUUUUAAUCAAUUGUUGUUCGCUAAUUAUUUACAUUGGUAUGCGAGAUGCUUAUUACAGUGCAUGUUACUUAAAAAAUUUAAUUGGUCACUUGCGUAUUAUUGCGUGCUCCGAGCAAAAGCAAAGCGUUAAGUAUUCGCCGUGUACAGUGUCAAAAUAGAAGAUGUAGAUCAUUGAAACAGCGUGGAAGUGCUAGUCUGUUUAUUCUAUAGCGAACUGUUAUUAGAGUGCAAUUUGGGAAAUGCUAGACCAAAUUAUUGAUGGAUGAGUUUUAAUGGGAAGGUCCGUUAUGUGAUAGGGAUGAUGUGUCAAUAAUGACACCUUUUUUUGUUAAUAAAAUUUCUCAUUUCAGAAAA